AUGUCGAAUACAGAUCUUAGCGUAGCCGAAGAAGAUGUCAAUCGCAUGAUGGAAGAUGUCAUUGGUCCUCUGCUCGAUCUGAACUUGGAUCUUUAUGAGAUUUCAUACAUUCUAAACGCCCUUGUAUGGCAUAUCGAAGAGCGAAAGGUGCUGGAAUCUACUAGCAAUACAGCUGAAGAGGUGUUAGACCAGAUAGCAGAUGAACUACACGAGCACUACACCUGUGAUCUCAGAAUGACAAACUACGCAGCACGACUCAAUCAUAUUCUAAGUUUGAUAUGGGCUAUAGAAAAAUACCAGCAGGUACUCUUGAUGAUUUGUGGCAUGAUGGGAGCAGGCAUAAAGCAGGAAAUACUGUAA